CGCCCACGUCUUGCCCGCUUCCCUCCACAUCCCAAACAAGCGGACAUGGCGGCGGACUACGGGGAGCGCCGGAGCCUGUUGGGCGAGGAGCACGAGGACCCGCUCGCCGAUGGACAGGCGGCCAGGGGACCCGGCAGACCCAUGUCUGCCAUCUGCGACCCCGGCCACCUUCUGCACCGGGUGGUCGUCCUCGUGUUUAUGUGCUUCCUGGGAUUCGGAAGUUACUUCUGUUAUGACAACCCGGCUGCUCUUCAAACUCAAGUCCUCCAGGAUCUGAACCUCAACACCGCAAAGUUCAUGCAGCUGUAUGCCUGGUACUCGUGGCCCAAUGUGGUCCUCUGCUUCUUCGGAGGCUUCCUGCUCGACAGGGUCUUUGGCAUCAGACUGGGGACCAUCAUCUUCUCCCUCUUUGUCUGUGUUGGACAGGUAAUAUUCGCUUCUGGAGCUUUGCUAAACCAUUUUUGGUUGAUGGAAGUGGGACGUUUUGUGUUUGGUAUUGGAGGAGAGUCACUGGCUGUGGCCCAGAACACCUAUGCAGUCAACUGGUUCAAAGGAAAGGAGCUUAACCUGGUGUUCGGCCUUCAGCUGAGCAUGGCUCGACUGGGCAGCACAGUGAACAUGAACAUUAUGGGCUGGGUGUACAGCAAGGUGGCGGACCUUGUCGGCUCUCCGGGACAUACCACACUCGGCGCAUCACUCAUGAUUGCCUCUGUAACCUGCCUGUUUUCACUAAUCUGUGCCCUGGUGUUGGGAUUCCUCGACAAAAGAGCAGAGAAAAUCCUCCAAAAGGAAGAAGGCAAAACAGGUGAGGUGAUCAAGCUGACAGACGUGAAAGAUUUCCCCCUCCCCCUGUGGCUCAUCUUCCUCAUUUGUGUCGGCUACUAUGUUGCAAUUUUCCCCUUUAUUGGACUGGGACAGCUGUUCUUCAUUGAAAAAUUCAACUUUUCCCCGGCUGAAGCCAGAGCUGUCAACAGCAUUGUCUACAUCAUCUCAGCCCCUGCAUCUCCAGUCCUGGGCUUUAUGGUUGAUAAGGUUGGGAGGAACGUGGUGUGGGUAAUCACCGCCGUGGUCACCACACUCGCCGCUCACAUGAUGCUGGCCUUCACCUUCUGGAACCCAUGGAUCGCCAUGUCCCUUCUUGGUGUCUCCUACUCAUUACUGGCCUGUGCACUGUGGCCAAUGGUGGCCUUUGUGGUGCCUGAACAUCAGCUGGGGACGGCCUAUGGCUUCAUGCAGUCGAUCCAGAACCUGGGACUUGCUCUCAUUGCCAUGGCAGCAGGAGCCAUCCUAGACAACAAAGGAUACCUGGUUUUGGAAGUGUUUUUCUGCGCCUGCAUUUGCGUUGCACUGGUGGCAGCGGUGAUGCUGUACUUUGUGGAUUAUGUCAGAGGAGGAGAUUUGAACCUGUCGGCUUCAGCCAGAGCCAAACUUCAGAAAGAGGCCACUUCAGAUGCAGAAUGAUGAUGUUGAGGGGAUCACACAUGGUCCUGAGCUUCAGAGUCAGCAGGCUGCACUGUCCACCCCAAAGCUGUCAAUCAACUGCCACGGGGCAGGACUGAGCUACUGACUCCGCCCAGUGCUGUCAUCUGUGGCUCUUCCCACCUGAACUGACUGUCUGGCCCUGGAUAUUACACAAUCCUGUUUUAAUAGCCGAUUUCAUCCCCAUCAAGACACCCACAGUGACUCCUCACACUGACUUUAUCUCUACCUCUCACUCUCCACUGACUCUGUUUUCAACUUCAGCCGGAAGUUACGGAAGAAAAUUAAGAUGCUUUAUGUUUAAAAAUGUUUGAAGACGUUAACGUCAGUUGAUCAGCGGGAGAUCAGACUCGUAUACUGUGGAAAGCAGUAUUGCAGAUAAAUGGCGCUUCAUUUUUACACAUUCUAAUGCAACUCUUAAUAUAGGGUUCCUAUAUUAAUUCACUUCUUUUAUUUGUAAAUAGGCAUGAUUCUUAAUUUUUUUUUUAAUUUGUUUUUAGAAAUGGGUUACUUGCCUUAUUACAGACAACUCAGCAGUUCAUUUAUGUACAUAUCAUUUGUCAGCAUUCCCCGGUAACCCAAACAAAAUCUUUUUUACUCGGCUCCUCUGAGUUCAUAUUCAAUUUUAAUCAUAUGCGUCACUGGCCCUUUAUGGUGGAUAAUCUCUGAAAGAGCAUAGCUCUUUAGUUUCUAAAUUUUUACCAUUGCUCACUUCUUUUAAUUCUUAAAUUCUGCUCUUCUCUUGUUUUGGGUGUUUAUAAAACCGUUUUGUUUCUCAUAUCAUCAAAUGAUACAUUACUAUAAUGAAAGGAAAAUGAAACAAGAAAAAAAAAAAUAUGAGUGCAUUUAUUCCUUUAAUGGUGUGCACAGUUCCAACCGUCUUAUUAAUGUGACCUCAUAAAGCAACAGUUCUGCACAUAACUUAUGUUUUGUAGAAUAUGUUUUGAUCAUUUAUCAAGCCCCCAAAUUGUUGCUUGCUUCUUUUGAAUGGUGCAACUAAAUGCUCAUGCACUCUGCUGACCCUCUUCCGGUUCAGUAAUGUGGACAUGUCUCCCUGGGAUGAUGUCGGGGUCGCAGACUGUGGAUUAACGUUCACUACCUCAGUUGGGCAAUUGAGUGCCAGUCGAAUUCUAAACAAAACCGCCGACAAAUGCACAACAACGGUCAGUAGCGUAAAGUUAAAAUGUCUGGAUUGCACAUUAAAAUGAUCGGUCUCUCAUUUGCACUAGUUUGAUCUUAUGACAGCAGUGACCUAAUUCAAUGGAAAAUACAAGUGUUAACUGUUGCUGAUCUGUUUCUCAAUGUAAAUUGAGUUAAAGAUGUAUUAAACAAUUGAUGACAGUGACAUUGCCGGAAAAGCCACUUAAAAUAAGUAUUUUUUUGUAGAACCAAAUCACAUUUGAUACAAGAUUGUUCACUACAUCUGAUUAAAGACACAUUUUUGAAAGCA